AUGGAGUCGGAGAACGCUACCAAACGUUCUGGAGUUCAGACUGUUCUGGACCAACUAGGGUUUGGCUGGUAUCAGGUUCGUGUCAUCAUAAUUAUUGGUAUGGCUCAAGCUACUGACACUAUGGAAACGUUAAUUCAAGCAAUUCUUGGACCAACAUUACGCUGUGAAUGGAAUAUGAGUUCGGAUUAUGUUGCACUUCUUACUACCCUUGUGUUUUUGGGUAUAUGUAUUGGUUCCCCACCUAUUGGUUAUCUCUCAGAUAGGCUUGGACGGAAAGAUCUUAAUAUUCUAUGUUGUCUUGCUCUAAUCUACAUGACGUGGUUGUGUGCUAUUUCGCCUACUUACAUAUGGCUUGCAGUUUUACGUUUCAUCUCAGGCUUGUACAUUGGUGGUCUGCUAACUGCUGGUUGCUCGAUGAUAUCAGAAGUACUACCAGAAAGCUACCAACCUACUGGUCAACUGCUUGUUUGCUUUUUUGAUUCAUUCAUUGCUCUAUAUGUAACCGGUGUUGGCCUUGGUUGUUCGACAUCAAAACUUAGUUGGAGGUUUUUUGUACUUUUCACAACAGCACCUCUUAUAUUGUGUGCACUUGGUCUGACCUACUGUAUUCAAGAGUCACCUAUCAUUUUAGCUCAAUGGGGAAAUUAUGAAGAAUCAGCUAAAGUCUUAGACAAAAUAGCAAAAUGUAAUGACCGUAUUCCUAAUAUUAUAGAUAAGGAAAAUACAUAUUCAUCAAAACCUUAUAGUUUCUCCAAUUAUCUAUCAAUUAUUGACGAAAAACAGAAUUCACAUACAACUCCUACAUUUAAAAAUAUUAUGAAAUUUAUUUACAAUAAUUAUGCGAUUGCAACUCCUUUAUUAAUCGCUAUUAAUUUUAUCUGGGGAAUGAUUAUAUAUGGUGCUACUACACUUCUUCCAGUUGAGCUACCAUCAUUACCAAGAACAUGUUUACAGUCUAUUUAUAAAGGUUUGACAGAAGUCUCACAUGAAACUUAUGAAAAUUCUGGUAUACACAAUGAAGAUUGUUGUCUUCCAUUGUUAAAAGAAGGUUAUAUCUCUUUAAUGUCAUCUAUGAUAGGAAGUGUACUCAGUUUUCCAAUAGCAUUAACUUUAAUUACAAUUAUUGGACGAAAAUGGACAAUUAACACUUGUUUCUUUUUAACAGCUUUUCUAAUAUUUAUUGAAGCUUUCUGCAUGCCGUCAAAUCUACUACGCUUCUUCUUUUUCGCAACACGAGCUGUAGCAUCCGCCGGUAAUAAUGCGACUGCAAUUUAUAUAACAGGUUUAUAUGUACCACGUAUAAGAAGUUUUGUGUUUGGUGUUAUGUCAACGUGUUUUCGUAUUGGUGUAUUAACAUCACCUUAUCUAGGACAAGUAUUUUUACAACGAGUAUCUGCGUUAGGUGCAGUAUUGAUAUUUUCAGCUAUGGCACUUAUCGGAUUUGCAUUUAGUAUAUUUUUACCACAUGCUGGUGAUAAAUAUUUUACUUCGACAAGUAUAAGUAAAGGUGUAUUUCGUAAAAUUUUUAAAGCUAGAAAAUUGAUGAAAACUAAACAGAAUGAUGAUGGAAUGAAAUCUGUAACAAAUCCAGCUUACAAAGACGAUGAGAAAACAAUACGAACAAUAGUUGAAGAGGUUAAACGAAGGGAUAAUAAUACACCAGUUCAACAGAAUUUAAAUUCAACUAGCGUUGAAGAGGUUAACAUUGUACCAAAUGAAUUAGUAGUAGUAGCAUUAACUCCAUGUAAUCCAGUCUAAUAACUAACACUGUUAUACUAUGUAUGCAUUUAUUGACUGAUUUUUAUAUAUAUAUAUAUAUAUAUAUAUAUAUAUAUAUAUAUAUAUAUAUAUACAUCAAUUCAGAACUGAAGCAUUUCUUAAUGUACUGCCGCCUUUUAUCUUUUGUUUCUUUUUGUACACAAUUUUAUUAUUAUUAUUACUAGCUCGAUGUACACCGUCAUGGUUACUUCAAUAUAUUAAUUUUGAGCAUUGUAUUCUAUUAUGA